CACUUACUAUAUCUGGAUACCCUUUGCGGGUCUACGUCUCAUUGAUUUGCCUUGACCUCUCACAAGACGCACACAUGCCAACUUGCGUAACCUUUGUCACACAAACGCCUGACGACUUAGAAGCUUAGGCAGAAUCUUGCCAAUGUACUCGAUGUAUCCCUGUGGGAUGUGAUUUAGACAUAUCAUUCUUGAAUUCUACAUCGGCUGUUCUUUUAUACCGACCACAGAGGACACAGCCUACAACCGCUGGACCUUUGAUUGGUGCGGCCUGUUUCGCUAACUGUCCAUAUGAUCCAGACUGCUACUAUGUAUACCAACAACUACCAAUCUAAAUCAUCUUCACGUAUUGUUAACUUCUUGAGUAGCCAGGAUCCUUAGAAGCGGGGAGAGAGGGUGGUAGGUUCGAGUGGAGGUUUCAAAGCAAGACUCGGGUAUCUAUUUAAAUUAUCAAAUACACAUACCCAAAGCUUGAUCAUGUGCCCCCUAUUUAUUCUCCCUAGUUGCCACUCUUAUCCUUCUCGGGCCGUGUGGGAUGAACCCUCGUCAACCCUCUUCUUCUACUCACCUUGUGUGCCUUAGGUACUUUUCUCUCUUAUACAUUUCGAUUUUCCCCUGCUUCAUGCUCCUUCUCGUAAUGUGAUGCGAUUCUAGCAGUUAGCAGGGAGGGAUUGCGAAUGUCGAAUGAGCCUCUAAAUUUGCGCUGCAUGGCAGACAUUUAUUGUGCUCCGUCAACAUGUUCUCCUGGUCGUUACUCCGGCCGGCCCUGGUCGCGAAUCCUGCUUCGCCUGGUGCAACGAAGGGCCUUACACGUUGCGCUAUAUCACAUGUCUUAGACAGGACGGCGCAAUCUGGAGCCGUAGCUGUGAGGUUCCGACGACAAUGGAACAGCACCUAUGCCAAGAAGCCCACAGUUCUACCCGCUCUGCCAAAGAAGGCGUUCGGCAGUGGUAGGAAUGUUGCAAAUAGAGUAAUUUCUGUGACGUCUUAUUCGACCGUCGUCGAGACGCCAUCCACGCCUUAUGCAGAUCUUACUGUAGGUGUACCCCGCGAGACGUUUGCUAAUGAACGCCGCGUGGCGAUUUCGCCUCAAAAUGUUGCUCUUCUCAAGAAGAAGGGGUUUCGUAAUGUCCUGGUGGAGCGUGGAGCCGGUGCGCUUGCCGAUUUCCCGGAUGAAGCUUACCAGAAAGCUGGCGCUACUUUGGUGGACGCGGAUGGAGCAUGGAGCCAAGCGGAUAUCGUACUUAAAGUACGAGGACCGAAUGUAAAGGAAAUUGACCAGCUUAAAGAAGGCGCAACGAUCAUCUCAAUGCUACAGCCCGCCCAGAAUAAGGACAUUGUUGAGCGGCUUGCUGCUCGUAAGGUUACCUCAUUCGCCAUGGACAUGAUUCCCCGUAUCUCCCGCGCUCAAGUAUUUGAUGCCCUUAGCUCAAUGGCAAACAUCGCUGGGUACAAGGCGGUUCUGGAAGCGUCUAACAACUUUGGCCGCUUCUUAACUGGUCAGGUUACUGCUGCUGGGAAAAUCCCGCCAUGCAAGGUUCUUGUCAUCGGUGCCGGUGUCGCGGGCUUGAGUGCAAUUGCAACUGCUCGCAGGAUGGGUGCUAUUGUUCGAGGUUUUGACACACGCUCCGCUGCAAGAGAGCAAGUCCAAUCCUUGGGUGCGGAGUUCAUCGAGGUUGAGAUACAGGAAGAUGGGUCUGGAGCCGGUGGAUAUGCCAAGGAAAUGUCUCCCGAAUUCAUCGCAGCCGAAAUGAAGUUAUUCACCGAGCAAGCUAAAGAUGUCGACAUCAUUAUCACAACGGCUCUUAUUCCUGGGAAGAGAGCGCCUAAGUUGAUCACCAAGGAUAUGGUCGAAGUCAUGAAACCUGGCUCUGUUAUUGUUGACUUGGCUGCUGAAGCAGGAGGAAAUUGCGAAGUGACCGAACCUGGUAAACUGAUAACGUACAAUGACGUGAAAGUCAUCGGAUAUACGGACUUGCCAUCUAGACUACCGACACAGUCGUCGACUCUGUACUCGAACAACAUAGUCAAGUUCCUCCUAUCAAUGUCUCCCCAGGAUAAGUCAUUCGGCAUCGGCUUGAGCGACGAAGUUGUUCGAGGCGCUAUUGUCACUAACAAGGGAGAAAUCUUACCCCCUGCCCCUCGGCCAGCUCCGCCACCAGCUCCCACGCCCAAAGCUGCAGCAAAAUCUGAGGAAGAGGUGGUGGCAAUAACGCCAUUCCAAAAGACUUCUCGAGAAGUGGCUGCAGUGACUGCCGGUAUGGGUACUGUUUUGGCUCUUGGUAAACUGACUGGUCCUGUCUUCAUGAGUAAUGCCUUUACCUUCGGACUAGCUUCGCUGAUCGGAUAUCGUGUGGUCUGGGGUGUGAGUCCGGCUCUUCACUCUCCCCUGAUGAGUGUCACCAAUGCUAUUUCUGGGAUGGUCGGUAUUGGUGGCCUCUUUAUACUGGGUGGUGGUUAUGUCCCUGAAACAAUACCGCAAGCGCUUGGUGCAGCUUCUGUGCUCUUGGCUUUCGUAAACGUAUCGGGCGGCUUCGUCAUUACUAAGAGGAUGCUUGAUAUGUUUAAGCGACCAACUGACCCCCCGGAGUACCCAUGGCUGUAUGCGAUCCCUGGUAUUUUAUUCGGAGGCGGCUAUCUUGCGGCGGCAUCGACAGGCGCUGCAGGACUCGUUCAAGCUGGAUAUAUGGUCAGCUCAAUCCUCUGUAUUAGCUCCUUAUCAGGCUUGGCUUCCCAAGCCACGGCACGAAUGGGUAACUUACUCGGAAUCCUCGGUGUUGGCUCUGGUGUUCUCGCCUCCCUACUAGCUGUCGGAUUCAGCCCUGAAGUGUUAACCCAAUUCGGCGCGCUUGCUACGGUUGGGGCAGUCUUGGGAUUUGUCAUUGGUAAACGUAUCACUCCGACAGAUCUUCCUCAGACCGUUGCUGCGCUUCAUUCUGUAGUUGGUCUGGCUGCGGUAUUGACUAGCAUUGGAAGUGUCAUGGGAGAUCUUUCACAUAUCUCGACUCUCCACCUCGUCACGGCAUACCUCGGGGUAUUAAUUGGUGGUAUCACAUUUACUGGAUCUAUUGUCGCAUUUAUGAAAUUAGCUGGAAAGAUGUCAUCUAAGCCUUUGAUCCUCCGUGGUCGGCACUUGAUUAACUCCGGUAUGCUCGCUGCUAACAUUGGAACAAUGGGUGCUUUUGUCACGAUGGCACCAGGCUCGCCCAUGAUUGCUGCCGUGGCACUAUGUGCAAACACGAUAUUAUCGUUUGCGAAGGGAUUUACUACGACAUCUGCGAUCGGCGGAGCAGACAUGCCGGUUGUGAUCACGGUCCUUAACGCGUAUAGCGGCUUUGCGUUGGUAGCGGAAGGCUUCAUGUUGGAGAACCCAUUGUUAACCACAGUCGGCGCGCUUAUUGGCGUUUCGGGCUCAAUCCUUUCGUAUAUCAUGUGUGUGGCAAUGAAUCGGAGUCUCACGAAUGUUCUAUUUGGCGGUAUAUCGGCGCCCGCGAAAACGGACUAUAAGAUCGAAGGGUCGGUGACGCAGACAAAUGUCGAGGAGACAGCAGAAUCUCUAAUCAACGCGGAGAACGUUAUCAUUGUAGUCGGAUACGGAAUGGCGGUCGCGAAAGCGCAGUAUGCUAUUAGCGAGAUAACUAGGAUGCUCCGGGCCAAAGGGAUCAAUGUUCGCUUUGCCAUUCACCCUGUCGCGGGUCGCAUGCCUGGACAGUGCAAUGUCUUACUGGCGGAGGCGAGUGUGCCGUAUGAUAUCGUGUUAGAGAUGGACGAGAUAAACGACGACUUUGGCGACACCGAUGUUACUCUCGUAAUCGGUGCAAACGACACGGUUAACCCUAUCGCGCUCGAGCCUGGUAGCCCUAUUGCGGGAAUGCCCGUUCUGCAUGCUUGGAAGAGUAAGCAGGUUAUCGUCAUGAAACGUGGUAUGGCUAGUGGCUAUGCUGAUGUUCCCAACCCGAUGUUCUACAUGCCCGGAACGAAGAUGUUGUUCGGCGAUGCUAAAGUUACUUGUGAUGCGAUUAAAGCAGCUGUCGAAGCGCGAACCUAGAAUAGAAACUCUGCCACGGGUGGAGCAUGCAUCUUAGACUCUUGUUCAGAGAUCUCGUUUGCAUUCUAGACUUUUAGAGCAUCCGAUAUCAUGCUUAUCGUUAUUUCGAAGAUUCAUGUUCCUUGCGAGGAGUCAGCUAUAUAGGCCUUGAGCUAUCGGGAUUAAUCUCCUUUGAAAUGAUCACGUAUUAUUCGUGAGGUUUCUGAUUGCGAUGUUGCUGAAGUUAGUCCCCGUGUAAAGACCAUCGUCUUCUUGUUUCCAAGUGCCGAUUGGUUCUGCUACAAAGGUAAUUUUAGGUACUCGGCCGCGUAGACUUUUCGGGUACAUAGCGUCGCAGUGCCCCCAAAAAGGUUUUGGUGUUCUUCCCCAGCAUUUAACAAUCGCUCGAAGUCGGGUGAUCACGUCAGUGGCUUGAUACACACAGCAAGAAAAUGCAAGUCAGAUUCUAUCCAUGCAUUAAGUACCUGAU